UUUUUUUAUCGAUGGUAAUCGUUUUGAUAAUAUUAAUUAUAGCAAAGUAAAGUUAUUAUUUGUUAUUUGUGUGUGUAAUUUUCGACUUCAGACUCUAAAAGAGAGAGAUGGCGUCCAAUUUCAUCGCCAAUGGCGACGAUUUGAAAGAAUCUAAAAGAGAGAUGGCGUCCAAUUUCAUCGCCAAUGGCGACGAUUUGAAGGAGGAGGAGCACCACCACCACUACAGCCACCAUCAACAAGGGCCGUCGCCGCGGGGCGCAAGGCGGACUUUGUCCACCAACUCCUCCUCCUCUGCUUGCGGCGCCGUGACGGCGAUCCCCAAGUGCCUGUGUGCUCCGACUACGCACGCCGGUUCCUUCAAGUGCCGCCUUCACAGGGCGAACUCCCACGGCCACGCGCCGCCCUCUCAGACCUCGAUCCCUCCCCCUCGGCCUCCCGUGAACUCCUCCACCACCCCCCGACCGUGGAGGCGCAGUAACAGCAACACGACGAAAUGAACCCUAAUAAG